AUGGAUCGACGGAUUCAACAGCUACCAAAAGAAAUUCCAAGCGACCCAAACGUGAAGGAGAUGAGUAGAGGUAGUAAACCUUCGGUUCUAAUAAAAGGACAUGAGCAAUCAGUAGAGACGAAGAAAUGGUUCAUUGAUUGGGUGAACUUGAUAAAGUUAGUGAUGAAGCAGCCAGGUACACAGCUUGUUGAAGUGAUUUUAGUGCUUUUGAUCGAAAGGUCCCCUAUCAAAACUAUGGGGAUAUUUUCUGUGACAAGUGUACACAAGGAAGAACUGCUCUUUUUGCAGAUGGCAAUGUUCAACCAGUUCAAGUUUGUGACAGCUGCAUGGAUUGACCACACUUUCCUCCGGUGUCUGAGGGAUUCCAUCGUGGCAGUAAAGGAGGAUUUUGAGAAGGAGAGAGUUUUCUUCGGGAGAGCAAAUAUAAAGUUUUUCAACAAGGUAAAACAAAAGAUAGUGAUGGCUAUUUGGAAAAUCAGCAACAUAGAAGCUGAUGCUUUCGUUGGUGGAUGGAUAAUGUACUUACUCUGGCUAUCCAGAGUGACCAAUGUUACACUGAAUCGUGUAUAUCAAAUGAAACAAAAAGAAAAAAAAGGAUCAACUUCUCAAGCUACCCAUAGUACUGGUGUAUUGGCAGCAAGCACUGUGCUUGAUAUAGUAAAACCACCAUUAUACAUGCGCUGUAUCUCCUUCCGGCAUUCUGUUAAAGAAUUAUCUGGUAUUGGCAGAGUUAAUUCAAUUUCAUUGCCUAUUUUUAGGUUGCAGGUGGGAUCACAGACUUGUUCAUGGUUGAACUAA